UUUCACAUGAUGAAACCAUUCUAACCUAACGGAGCUUACUACGGCUAUCGUGGAUGUUGACAAAACCGUGCACGGAGUAACCUUUUGUUUUGAUAUGUUGGGGAACAUACCAUGGCUACCCGGAAAGACUUCCCCAGAUUUAAAAAAUGCAAGAGUGCCACUUUCAACAUUGAUGGUUACAGUUACAUGAUAGUGGCUAACCAACGUGGUACUAAAGAUGACAGCGCCGUUAAUGCCCGAAAUGGACACCUGUCAAGCCCGCGUACUCGACAUCGUAGCCACCAAGAUAUUGAUGAAAAUGCACUGGACUUGAGAACUGAUUACCUGCCUCAGACAGACACUGCAGAGGCUCUGGACAAAGCAGCAACCAGGCUACGUUACCUUAUAAAACAUUCAGAAAAAGGAGAUGUAUCAGUCGCUGAUUUGAAGAAAAAUUUAGAGUAUGCUGCUUCUGUGCUUGAAUCAGUUUACUUGGAUGAAACAAGGCGGCUUUUUGACGAAGACGAUGAGUUGUCGGAAGUGCAUCCUGAUGCGGUGCCAAACGAGGUUCGAGACUGGUUAGCGUCAACAUUUACACGACAGUUUAGUAAAGCAGGAAGAUCAAGCGAUGAGAAACCCAAAUUCCGCAGUAUUGUUCAGGCUGUUAGAGCAGGCAUAUUUGUGGAUAGGAUAUAUAGGAGACUUAGUGGUAUGUCAGGGAUCACCUAUCCACCAUCUGUUAUCAAUCUGUUCAAGAAUGUUGAUGAUUGGUCAUUUAAUGUGUUUGCUCUUAAUGAUGCGAGUGACAAUCAUGCUAUGAAGUACAUGGCGUAUGAACUUUUUACGAGAUAUGACCUUAUAUCUAAAUUCAAGAUUCCUGUUACUAAUUUGAAUGCUUUCCUAGAUGCAUUAGAGGCUGGCUAUAGUAAAUACAAGAAUCCAUAUCAUAAUUUAGUACACGCAGCAGAUGUUACACAAACAGUUCAUCAUGUUAUGGUACAUACAGGUCUUAUGCACUGGUUAACAGAUUUAGAGAUAUAUGCAUCAUUAUUAGCAGCCCUAAUUCAUGAUUAUGAACACACAGGUACCACAAACACCUUUCAUAUUAAUUCAAGGUCUGAAACAGCACUUUUGUAUAAUGACAGGGCUGUGUUAGAAAACCACCAUAUUAGUGGAUCAUUUCGGGUAAUGUUGGAAGAUGAUAAAAACAUUCUCAGUAAUCUAUCUCGAGAUGAGUACAGGGAUUUAAGAACUCUAGUAAUUGAUAUGGUGCUUGCAACCGAUAUGUCCUAUCACUUCCAACAAAUCAAGCAAAUGAAAAACCUUCUUAGUAUACCUGAAAAUAUUGACAAGCCAAAGGCCUUAUCUCUUGUUUUACACUGUGCUGAUAUUAGUCAUCCAGCCAAAGACUGGCCAAUACACUACAAAUGGACUGAACUCCUAAUGGAGGAAUUCUUCAGACAGGGAGACAAAGAGCAGGAUCUGGGAAUUCCAUUCUCUCCUCUCUGUGAUCGAAAAACAACAAUGAUUGCAGAAUCUCAAAUAGGAUUUAUCGACUUCAUUGUGGAUCCUAGUUUCCAAGUCCUAGGUGACAUGCUCGAAAAGAUCAUUCCACCGGGCAUGACAGGUAACAGAGCAAUUGAAGAAACUAGCAUUUCAGAUGAAUCUGAGGGGGUUGAAGACAGUGGACGGAAAAGCAGUGGAAGUUGUGCGGCAGCUGCUGCAAGAAGAAUUAGCAGUACAAGUAGUGCCGACAGUCCAGUGGCCGUCAGGAGAUCAUGGGUUGAUCCUCUUCAACUUAAUCGACAUUUGUGGAAGGAGAGAGCCAUGAAAGACGCACAAGCAAGAGAAGAAAAUAAAGGGAGGGUUGAUAAUAAUGAGCAGUCGCUUGCAGAGGAACGAAAGUCAGAUGCCAGUAAUGACUCAGGUGUUGACAGUACAUGUAAAGAAGAUACUGUUCCCACGACAACAGAAAUGGGAGCUGCAUCAGCAGAUGAAAAACCAUGAAGGAAGAAAACCGCAGUUGAUCAAAGGCUCUACAGUAUUUACCCGCUCUUCAUCAGGCAUGUCUGUUACAUCUGCAUUAAAAGUUAACCUUUCUCCUACAGCUAGCCCAACAUCCAACUCCUCUAGUUGUUCUUCUCCCUCCAUUCCAUCAGUUGGCAUGGCAACACCAUCAUCUUCAUCUUCAUCAUCUGUCAUUACAGUGAAGAAAAAGAACACAAGUACUUCAGCAUUGAAGAAUACAUCAUCGACGAAUAGGAUGAAGACUCGAAAUCUGCAGAAUAUUUCACUUCGUAGUGUCAAAACUCAAACCAAACAC